AUGAAAGCUAAAGCAUGGGUAUUGGGAAUAGAAAAGUUGUUUGAAGUUUUCCCUUGUACCGAAGCCCAAAAAGUACAACUUGCUGCCUUCACUCUUGAAGACAAAGCGCGGAGGUGGUGGAUGCUUACGAGAACCGUGCAUCAUGGCUUAACAUGGGACAAUUUCUUGGAACUGUUUUAUGACAAACAAGGGAAUAAGGCCAUUGCAGAGUAUGAAGCCCAAUUUGCAGAACUAGUUCGGUUUGCACCUCAUAUGGUGGACACGGAUUAUAAGAAAGCACGAAAAUUUGAAGUGAGAUUACGGACUACUAUCCUUGACCGAGUUAACAUGUUGACGUUACCCACCUAUGUUGAUGUGUUGGAGAGGGCUGUUAUAGCAGAGGGAAACAUUGUUGCUUAG